GUCUCUCCGCCGGGUAUGCACGCUGGGCCAGUCAAAACUCCAAAGCCCUCGUCCAGAUAUGACACACUCAGAUUAAGGAGCAUAUGGGUUGUACCAAGAUCUGUCCCAAUGUGUGGGAGCUUUUUGCCAAAUGCCAACGCAGGGCCACCAUUUUGCCUCUCUGGACUUGAUGGACGUGAUGGAUUCUCAAAAACAAUUUUUUUUCUUAACUGGAUUUAAAGGAGAGCUUAGGAGAGCUUUUGACCUCUCCAGACAAGUGAAGAGUUGACUGUAUAGUAUUCAUUCGUUAGACUUGGAGUAAUUGGAUUUUAUUAUGAUUUGUUUCUUCUUUUUCUCCUCAGUAACAACUAAGCAAUAUGACAAUAUUACAAUGCCUCCCCAAGUACCUACCAUCAAUGUGACUCUUCUAUCAGCCCACAUCCUGCCGACAAAAGCGUCACAAGGAGACAGUGAAACUUCCCACAACUACCCACACAAUGCCCAUAGCAACACUACGGUGCAAAUCAACGAGACGCUACUGUUCGAUAAUACUACAGAAGCCAACAUCACGCGUGAAGACAGUGAGUCCUUUCAGGAUCAGGAGAAGAAUCAUCCCCUUUGGCACUGUAUUGCUGAUCACCUGAAGUACUUCAGCCAUCAUUACUGUGGAGUCACAUUCCAUAACGCCAUGGCCACUGUCCCAAAAGAGAGAUGGUGUGACUGGGAAGAGAUCAAGAUACACUACAACCAGUUAAGCGAGUGCAUGGAGGAAUUGUCUGACUUUCUCAGAUGCUACUACCCCAACCAGCAGACACAGGAGUUCUUUGUGGGCGUCCACGAGGAGUACUUCCAGGCGUGCCAGGAGGAGGAAGAGGACCUGCCGCCGGGGCUGGUUCUGGCACUCACUCUGCUGCCUGUUAGCCUCGUCCCCGCCCUCGUCUUCAUGGUGGUCUGGAAGAACAACGUGCGGGAGUAGCCUAGCCUAGCCUAGCCUAGUGCCCCAACAUGUGCUGAAUGACCAUAACUAUGCCGAAUAGUUUAGUGGAAUUGGAUCUGAGGGGUCUAAAAUGUCAUGCACUACUGAACUAGUUGUCCGUCAAGUAUUUAAACGUCAAUGCCAUCAUUUAGGAUGAAUUAAGUUCUAUUUUCUGAUACAGUUAGGUCAACCUGGAUGAGUUCAUGCUCCAUCACAUAACCCAUAAUCCCUUGGUUUUCUCUGUAUACAUACCAUAAUACUCUCGAGUAUUUCACAUUUAAGCUAUACAUGUUUGCCUGCUGUCUUGUGCAAGCAUCUGAUUGUUUGAAUGUAAAAGCAAUGAUUGUGGUGGCCAACAGCAUUAUGCAAGAUAAGGGUGUCAGUUGGAGUAAUAGUAUUAUGUUUUGGGUGUAGAACUGUAAUGUGUAAGAGGUAUAAUGACAGAAGCAAUAUGGUUGAGCAAAGAUCCUUGUAAUUGUUGCACCGGAAAAGUUUAAUUAAUGUUUUUUAUUAAAUAAGCAUUUUUUAUAUAGCCUGUGUAAUAUUACAUGUUACAAAACACACACAAAUGACCGUGGUUUGUUUUUUGCUUUUAAGACUGACAUUAAAAAGUAUUCUGCUGUAGCCUA